UGAAUUUCGCGCAAGGAAGCCGCUGCUGCUCCCGGCGCGCCAAAUUUCAAAGCACUUCCUGUGAUGAGAGGGCGAUACGAUUCAGCACCCAGCCGAAAUAAAGACAGAAAUAUGAUUUAACAAAAAACAUAACGUCAUAUUUUGGGCAUGGCAUGCUUUUAAUGACAACUAGCAGGUUACUGCAUCUGACUGGACAUUAAUUCAGUAAACCAAAAAUAUCUAUGCUGCAAUAAUUUUAUUUUUAAUUUAACUUUUUAAUAAAGCGCUUUUCACAAUUAUUUAAUCCCCCCAGCCGUGUUUAUAAAGUAAUUUUUAAAAUUAUCAUUCAGAUAUGUUAAAAAUCUUGUAGCAUUUUUAAGUCUUUAUUAAGUAUACUUUAUUAAGUAUAAUUUUAACAUAACAUUUUAAUAAACAUCACCCCCAGAAAAGUAUUUUUAAUAAGAUCAUCUUCAAUGAAAAAUAUAUAGUUGUGUGUUAUAUGAGUGGCCAGCUGUCUCCAGCUGUGUUACGGUCUUUCUCCAUAUUUCUUUAUGGGAUGUCAUAAUGUCAUCCGGAGCCCAGCCGUGUUUUCAACUAUUAAGAAUUGGAUUGUCAUCCAAUACAAAUAACAUUAACACACAUGGAAAUGAGUCAUCGGACUCUGGCCGUGACCUAUACACGUUCAGACCGGUGCUGGACCACUGCGUGUUUCGGCUGGGCCGGGCCGCAGAACUCUGUGAUGUCACUCUGGAUUCGACGACGGUGUCCCGAAUCCACGCCGAGCUGCAUGUGAAGAAAGAAACUGAUGUCUCUGGAGAAGAGGGAUGGAAAGUUCACGUGAAAGACCGCAGCAGUUAUGGCACGUUGGUGAAUAACGUACCCCUCCAACCAGGGGUCCUAUGGGAGAUAUUCGAUCAUGAUACACUGGCCAUUUGUGGCCAAUCCGGCAAGACUAUGCCAGAAUUCUACUUCCUCUUUCAGAAAGUAUGGGUUCGCCCACUGGACUUCGACGCCAUCACUGUGCCCAAAGCGGGUUCUUUUUCAUCUGACAUUAAGAACCGCAUCAGAACGUGCUCGGACCGUAAACCAGACCCCGCCCUUGAUAUUUCCAAACUAUCCAUCAACAAAGCCACAGUCAUACUGAACUCCAUCGGCAGCUUGAGCAAGAUGAACGGAAGCAGCUGGACUUUUAAGAAAAACGAUGGCAACUUAAACUCUCCCAAUACUCCGGGGUUUACCGCCCUGGUACCGCCCUCCACUCCGCCCCCUUUCCAAUCCGUCGGCGACAUCGCGUCCAAGUCCGUCCCGCCAUCAUCAAAGAGCCGACGCAAGUCAGCCCACACUGUUCUCCUGGAGGACGACAGUUCAGAUGAUCCCGUAUGUCGCAGAGAUGCCGAGGAUGGACGGAGAGGACAAGCGAAGAAAAGACGACGACUGUACAAGUCCGAAUCAGAUGUGUUUAAUCCUCCUCCUCCCAGACUUGAGCCGAAUUGCAGGUCACAGUUGGAUGUGUCGCAACACAACGACAGCGUCUUCAAUGUGCCACCUAACAGAAAAUUCAGUCAUAUCAUGAACAUGGGUCACACCAAAGGCAUCAAUCUGACUCUGCUCCACCAGCAGAAGCCUUGCUUGUCUGGUCCUGGUAGGAGACAAAGAGCAAACAGCUCUCCGGUUUAUACUGCCAUGGGGAUGGGAGGUGAGAAUUACAAACUGACCUCACCAUCCGUAAGGACAGGCAAGGCGGAGAAAGCGAGGGGGACCAUUGCACGGUUUCAGGCCUCAACUGGUAGGCGACGUGGCCGACCUAGAAAACACCCACCACCCCGCCCUUCACUUCCAUCUCCCUCAUCUUCCUCAUCCUCCAGCACCUCUUCGUCCUCAUCUUCUUCCUCAUCUUCCUCUGAAGAUGAAGACGACGAAGACGCGGCGGUCACGCAGGGCGUGGAGCCGUGCGCGUCCGCAUGCUGUCGGUUCCCUCAGCAAGACACCGUGCAGUGGAUCCAGUGCGACGAUUGCGAUGCCUGGUACCAUCUGGACUGCCUGCCGCACGACCGCAACCGGCAAGCGCUGCUGCUCGACCCGAAUGCAGACUUCCACUGCGGCUGCCGCAGAGCCAGACACCGCUGAGACAGUGAAUCAAGCUUCAACUCUUUAAAUAAGCCAAAUAUACUCAAUGGCAUUGUGUUGUUACAAUCAACUGCAUGGGAGAUAUGUUGUUUCUUGGCAUAGGGAACCACUUUCAACGCUUUAUAAUGAUGACAGGAAUAAAUAAGGGUCAUAUUAAUGUUGUCUGCAAUGGUGCUAAUCGCAUUGAGUGGUGAUUUAAACUGGUUUGGCUCGGAUGGAUGUUCUGGACUCGUACCAGCUUGGCAUCCAAAUGUGCCGUGAGCACUGUGUACCAUUAGAUUCAGCACUGGAUGAUUUCAAGCCAUUUAUAUCUACUUGCAUGUUAAAUAUUCAACACAGGGAAUUAAGAGGUAUAAACAUCAAAAAUGUAAAAAAAAAUUAUUUGAUCGAAUGUUUUGUAUGGGUCUUUUAUAUUUUUGGAUGAAUUAAGAAUCUGCUUUGUUGUUAACAUGUUUAUCCUGCUUUAUAAACAUAAUGGCUGGUAUAUGAUAUGUAAUCAUUAAAUACUGUAUAAGAUGUAAAUAGGCAACAUGGGUAUCUACAAUGCAGUGAUGAUGUAAUGUCUUAUAAGUAUUGAGUAUAAUAUUAAAAACUUGAUUUGAA